GUUUUUUGUUUAGUUCCAUAAGAUACUCAGUUGAAUUCGGUUGUGUUAUCGGAUGAAUGUAACUUUCUUCAGCUCCGAGUAAACUUCUCCUUUCUGCCCGAAUAAAAAAAUAUACGAAAUCAUCUAAUAAACGAGGCAUCUUUUUUUUUUCGUUAUAUUUUGUGGCUAGUUGUAUCUUUAGCGCUCUCACUCAGGAUUGGGCGGUCAUGUGCAAAUAAGAAAAAAAAAAUAUUUACAAAAAAAAAAAAAAAUUUUUUUUACCUAUCUAUUGUUACUUUGUUCGGUUAUUGUUGUUUUUGGUUUAACUUUCGAACCAACAAGUGUGGAGUGGGAAUUAUAAAUUGUACAAAAAAAAUCCGCCAAAAUAAAAAAAAAAGUUAUAUUCGUGUGAGAUAUAUAACCAAAGUUUAUCUUGAAGCUUUAGAUAUAUUUUUUUUGGCUUUUUUGUUUUUUUCUAGUUUUCCGGUAUCUCUAGUUUUUGUUAUAAUAAAUCACCGAAAACGAAGUGUCUUACAAAAAAGAUAACAAAAAAAAAAAAAAAGAAAAAAAGUUCAAAAAGAUAUACAAAAAGGUUCAAAGUGCCAAAUGAGAAUUUAUCAUAACCGCUGUUUUGGUUAUAGCUAUCUGUUGUAGCUAAGUUAAGAUAUUUUCAUACCUUUUUUUUUAUUGGGAGUUUGAAAGUGAGUGAUCAUUGGUAAAAGCGGCGUCCACGCGAAAGUUGUAAAUCAAGAAAAGUACCAAUUUGUGUCUCUAAAGAAAACAUAUUUCUGUGCAAAAUGGAUAGUUGCUGUUGAUUCAUCGUAACUCACUUAAUUGGCGCCCGGGUUGAACUCAAAAUACUUUGCCGUCCAUUUUUAACUGUGUUUUUGUUAUUUGGAUACCUACCACAGAACAGUCAUCAUGAUUGAAAAAAUGAAUUCAUCGUUUUACACAAAUGACUACGAUGUACCGACCUUCACUAAGCGGAUAAAUAAGAAAAUUUACGCGAAAGCUAUUUAUGAUAAUCUAGCUGACACCCCUGACGAAUUGGCAUUUAAAAAAGGUGACAUCCUGACUGUCAUCGAACAAGAUUCUGACGGCUGUGAAGGAUGGUGGCUGUGUACGGUUCGUGGCCGACAGGGCAUUUGUCCAGGAAAUCGUUUACGUAUAAUCAACUCAUAUGACUCUGGUUGCUUUUCACCAUCGCCAGCCUCAUCACCGUGUCCAUCAUUGGGCGCAUCAACAGCGACACUCAACAGUUCGAUAUCAUCGUCGGAAAUCUAUGAGAACUCUUCAAUCAUAAGCGGCUGUACCCAGAACCAAUUAUCAUCAUUGCACCAGCAGCAUCAACAUCAACAGCAGCAACAACAACAGCAACACAUCCAGCAUCAAUUCCAACAUCAGAAGAGUCAAAGCAAAAGAAGGUCGUGGCAUACAACGCCGCACAAGGUGAUCACACCCCAGAGACAUGGUGACGUUUAUAUUUACAACUCGAUACCAUCGUCAGCAGCUUCCUCACACACAUCGAGCAGCAGUUGUAGCAAUAGCACCUAUCAGAAUCUAUCUAUGAUGUCCUCGGAUUCAUUCGAGACAUACGACGUACCAAAGCCAGCCACCCCCAUUAAUUACGAUUGUCCAAAGAAUUGGUGUCGAACACCAACAAAAUAUUUUGACCAAAUGUCAACUACUACAACACCCACAGGCAUGAAGCCUCCCUCUUCGCUGCAUCAUUCUUUAGGCAGCAACAAUGUAUCAUUGCAAGAGGAAUGCUAUGAUGUACCGAAGCCAAUAAAUCUGUUGCAUCAACAGAAUAUGACACCGAGCAGUUCAAAUUCAUCGCUACUAACUUCAGAUAGUUUGAGCUUAUCAUUUUCUUCUUCGAAUCGAUCUUCGUUGGCUAAUAUGCCGGACUAUGAUAUACCGAGAAAGAAUCCAAUUGCUGUACGUAAUGGUCAUCAUGGGAAUUUAAAUUUACAACAACAACAACAACAACAUCAUAAUAUGAUGCAACACCAACAUCAAAAUCAACAAAACACAUAUGACUAUCCGUUGCCAGCGGCAUUUGCGCAUGCGGGUGGUAAUAAUGGUAGUUGUACGACACCAUUGCAAGACAAACAUUCAUCACUAUCGGCGGCUGCAUCUCCAAUCCCACCAUCAACAGCUGUUACCAAAGAACUACCAUUAGAAUUAUCAUCGGCAUUGGAGACACUGGCGAAAUUGCAAAACGAAGCAACCACAGCGAUAUCGAGAUUACUCUAUUUCGUAUCGCCAAAUUGGAGAAAUCGAGAAAAACUCGAACCAGUUGUGAUGGAAGUUAAACUAGCUGCAGUUAGACUGCGUACAGCCCUGCAUGAUCUCACUGAAUUUGGCGAGGGAGCCCUUGGUAAUGCAGCCCGUUCAGAUGAUCGUAAUUUAGCCCUCAAACUACGCCCACUAGUCAAAGCUCUUCGAGAUGCUGAUAAACUUAUUCAUGAAUCCUCACAAACAUUAGACAUGCAAAGUGGUUGGACCACAGAAAAUCUCCAACGAAAUGACGAUCGAAUCAACUAUCCACCUGAUAGCUUGGAUCAGCUGAUUGCUUGCGCACAAACAUCAAUUGAAGAUGUUCGACAAAUAUCAUCAUUCAUUCAGGGAAAUGGGCCAUUGUUGUUUAAACGUAGCCUUGAAGUAUUAGAAACUCCAACCCAUGAGAACAACAAUAGUGAUUGGUUGAGUGAUAAUGAUUAUGUCGAUUUGGAAUCCAAAGAUGCAGCAGCUAAGAAAAAUUCAUCUCUUCGAGAAGCUAUUCCACAAAAUUUACAAAAAAAGUUUGAUAAUGUGAUGAAAUCAGCUGAAGAAGCAGCUUUUGCUGCAACAGAUAGCCGCAAUGAAUUGAAUUCAAAUGAUAAACUAUUGGUGCGGUAUUAUGCUGUCCAAAUAACAACGCACAUGGGUUACUUGACCCAAGCUAUCGACUCGUUCCUUGAGACUGUGGAAAAGAAUCAACCGCCAAAGUUUUUUAUUGCCUAUGGUAAAUUUGUUGUCCUAAGUGCGCAUAAUUUAGUGACAAUUGGUGAUAUUGUCCAUCGAAAUAUCUCCAAGCCGGAAUUGAAAGAGAAGGUCUUGAGAUGUACUGAUGCACUUUCGGAUGCUUUGAAGACAUGUGUUACGAAAUCAAAGAAAGCUGCACAACAUUUUCCAAGUGUGACAGCUGUUCAGGAAAUGGUCGAUUCAGUAGUUGAUAUUUCACAUUUAGCUAGUGCUCUCAAGAUAUCUAUGCUUAAAGCAGUACAGUUAACUAAAACUUAAGGGAAUUGUUAUAAUUUAUUAAUUUGUUUCAAACUGUGGGAGAUGUAAAGAAGAAGAAAAGUGUGUUGCCCUUUGAUUUUUUCUAGCUACAGCAAAAGCAUUCAGAAAAGUCUUCCAAAACAAGAGUCAAAUAAUGUAUGUAGUUAAGUAAAUGACAGUUAAUUUGACAUUUUCUCUCUCUUUUUCGACAACUUUUUAUACGUUUUUAAAAACACAAUAAAGUUUAAUAUUCUAACUCUUGAAAAUGGAACUACCAGGCUUACAGGAAAAUUUAAAAAAGAAACAACAAGUUGUUUCUUAAAAAAGUUAAAGAAUAAACUUUAACUUCUUCAAAGUAGAAUUUGACAUCUAACUAAAAAGCAUAAUUUUAUGGAUGCGAAUGUUCAUCCUAAAGGAAAAUAAAUGUGUCAUUUACCGUUAUAAAAAGCAAAUGUACAUUAAAUUUAAGCCCCUUUCACACGACUGACAAUCUGUCAAUAAAUUUGGCACAUAUUCGUCAAGUGUUCCGUCAUAAUAGAGGCCAUUAAGUAAAAAGUACAAGAAUGGGCAUCAUUGGAAACAAGACAAGGAUUUUGACAUUUGUGUUUGAAAAUCUAAGUGUCAAAACAUUUUUUAAUGUGUUUUGACAAUGUCGUUUGAACUUUGCCAUUGUUUUCAGGAAAUGACAAAGCAUUAAUGUGACAAAGUGUCGCGUUCGUUUGGGAGAGCCUUUAAAUGUCAUAUUCAAUUUUGACGUAUGAAAUUAUCAGCAGCCAGACCUUGCAUGUAAUUUUUUAACUGCCAUAGUCAUUUGCAGUAUUCAUGGCAUAAAAUAUUAGCCGCGUUUCUUUGAAGGUUGUAAACAACUCAUGAGUAGAUGAUUAGUAGAUCUAGUACUAGAAUCGAUAUAAUGAUCUUCUGCAAAGUAGAUAAGAAGUAAAAAUAGUUGGUAGUACUAGAUUUUAGAAUUCUACUCAUGAGUAGUCUACCUCCUACAAAGUAACGCAGCUAUUGACAGAGGAAACACAAUGGGCGGACAAAAUAGAAACAUGGGCAAAAUGUCAUAUGGGAGAAAAUGUCAGUUAAUCUGUACACAAAAAUAUGAACUAUGCAUGAUGCUUAAUUUAAAUAUUAUACAAAAAGAAAAUACAAAAAAAAAUAAUAAUUUCUAUAUAAAUUUAUAUUUGUGAUAUGUUAAGGUUAAUCUAAAAAAAAAAACAGCUAGCAUUACUAAAAAUAAUGUAAUACAAGUAUCAAAAAACAAUUCUAUAAUUAUUCUCUGUUUUGAGUUUAAUUUGUAAAUUUUACGUUUAUACCUACCUACUUCUUGUAAAUACACUUCUUAAAAGAUCUUGUUAUUGAAAUAAAAGUAUUCAAAUUUAUAAUAAUUUUAUUUUGAAAAAUUUUUAAAUAUAAUUUUGUUUUUUGAAUAUAAAACUAUUAUAAUAUACGAGUAUAUACCU